GGACCGGUGCACUGGGUGGCACUGAGAGCGGGAGAGUGCGUUGAGCGAAACGGAAAGAGAAAAGGGAGUGAGUGAGCGGAGCUGUCACCUCACGUCGCGCUGGUAUUUUGGGUUGGUGUGUUGUGGUGCGGGAGAGCUAAAGCAAGACGGGACGAGUGCGCGAAAGAAGGGCAGAGAUAUUGAGAGGACAUGGCGGAGGUUAGCGAGGUCUUGAUGUCGGUGUUGUCCACUAUUCGGGUGCCGAGGCCCGGAGACCGCGUUCAUAAAGACGAGUGCGCGCUGUCAUUCGCUUCUCCGGAGAGUGAGGGAGGUCUGUACAUCUGCAUGAACUCCUUCCUGGGCUUUGGGAGUCGCUUUGUGGAGCGACAUCACGCCCGGACCGGCCAGAGAGCUUACCUGCACAUCAAGCGCACUCGCAAGCCUCACACCCAGAAUGAGGAUGAUGGCAGUACUGGGUCAGGAGAUCCUCCAAAGAAGAAACCCACUCGCUUGGCCAUAGGUAUCGAAGGUGGUUUUGAUGUGGAUCAGGAGCAGUAUGAGGAGGAGGUCAAGGUUGUUCUUUUCCCAGACAGACAGGAAGUGACAUCAGAGGACCUGACCAGUAUGCCAGAUGUAGUGAGAGAGCGAGUGUCUCUGGCAAUGGCAGGGUUGCUGGCUGCAGACUCUGUAUCACAAGCUUUGCAGGUGCAGCAGUGGGAUGGAGAAGUGAGGCAGGAGUCAAAACAUGCAGCUGAGCUCAAGCAGCUUGACAAUGGAGUAAAAAUUCCUCCUAGUGGUUGGAAAUGCGAGGUGUGUGACCUGCAGGAGAAUCUGUGGAUGAACUUGACAGACGGCAAGGUGCUGUGUGGGCGGAGAUAUUUCGACGGUUCAGGUGGAAAUAACCACGCUCUCCAGCACUUCCAGCAGACAGGAUACCCGCUUGCUGUCAAACUGGGCACCAUCACUCCUGACGGAGCCGAUGUUUACUCAUAUGAUGAGGAUGACAUGGUUUUGAACUCAAAGCUGGCGGAGCAUCUCACCCACUUUGGUAUUGAUAUGAUGACCAUGGAGAAGACAGAACACACCAUGACUGAAUUAGAGAUUGCAGUUAACCAGCGUGUGGGUGAGUGGGAGGUGAUCCAGGAGUCCGGCACCACACUGAAGCCUCUCUGUGGCCCUGGGCUCACUGGUAUGAAGAACCUGGGCAACAGCUGCUACCUCAACUCAGUCAUGCAAGUGCUCUUCACCAUCCCUGACUUCCAGGAAAAGUAUGUGUCCAACAUGGACAAGAUCCUGGAUGAAGCCCCAAGUGAUCCCAGCCAAGACUUUAAAACACAAGUAGCAAAACUGGGUUAUGGUUUGCUCUCAGGAGAAUACUCUAAGCCCUCUGCAGACCCAGGCGAUGACCCCGGUACAUCCUCUGAACCCAGGGGAGACCAGGUUGGCAUAGCACCUCGCAUGUUCAAAGCCCUUGUCGGACGGGGCCACCCUGAAUUUUCCACUAAUCGGCAACAAGACGCUCAGGAAUUUUUCCUUCACUUUAUAAACAUGGUUGAGAGGAACUGCCGGUCUGGGGCAAACCCAUCUGAAGCAUUUCGCUUCCUGGUGGAGGAAAGGAUCGUGUGCCAGCAGUCUCAGAAGGCCAAAUAUACCCAACGAGUGGACUACAUCGUUCAGCUCCCCGUGCCUAUGGACCAGGCCACCAACACAGAAGAGUUACAGGAGGCCGAGCGUCUGCGGGAAGAGGCAGAGUCAUCCGGAAGCCCCCCUCCUGCCGCACCUCGAGCUCAAAUCCCGUUCUCCGCUUGCAUGAAUGCUCUCAGUGAACCGGAGACACUAACAGACUUCUGGAGCUCUGCGGUGCAGGGGAAGACCACUGCCACCAAGACCACACGCUUUGCUUCAUUCCCUGAUUACCUGGUUAUCCAAAUCAAGAAAUUUACUUUUGGCCUGGACUGGGUUCCUAAAAAACUGGAUGUAAGCAUUGACGUUCCUGAUGCACUGGAUUUAAGUGAUCUUCGGGCAACUGGACAACAGCCUGGGGAAGAGCUACUUCCAGAGGUGGCGCCGCCCCCUCUAAUGACCCCUGACGUGGAGGUCAAAGGUAUCCUGGGUUCCCACGGCAACGAGGACGACGACUCUCUCUAUUCCCCACUGCUGUCUCCAGUCUUGGAUGAGUCCAUGGUGUCUCAGCUGGCUGAGAUGGGCUUUCCUCUCGAGGCCUGCAGGAAAGCUGUGUAUUACACGGGAAACACUGGCAUUGAUUCUGCCAUGAACUGGGUGAUGGGACAUAUGGAUGAUGCAGAUUUUGCCUCUCCCUUGGUGUUGCCUGGCUCUAGUUCAGCUCUUGGAUCCACACCCACUGAAAGCCUGUCAGAGGAGCACCUUGCGACCAUUGUUUCCAUGGGAUUUAGCCGAGAUCAGGCCUCACGUGCCCUCAAAGCUACGAGUAAUGUUCUCGAGCGCGCAGUAGACUGGAUCUUCUCUCACCUGGAUGAUCUGGAGUCGAUGGAGGUGUCCGAAGGCGGCCGCUCGGAGGGAGUCAGUGAAGCCAGCCGAGAUGCACCGCCAGGACCACGUGUUCGCGACGGACCAGGAAAGUAUGAGCUGUUUGCUUUUAUCAGUCAUAUGGGCACGAGUACAAUGUGUGGUCACUACGUUUGCCACAUCAAAAAGGACCAACAAUGGGUAAUCUUUAAUGAUCAAAAAGUGUGCGCCUCUGAGAAACCACCGAAGGACCUGGGCUACCUGUACUUUUACCGAAGAGUGGCAGAGUAAACGACACACACACACACACACACACACACACACACACACACACACACACACACACACACACGUUGUCUUAGCUGCUGAGGAAUGCUAGGGGGCAAUACUCAAGCUUCUGAACUGACACAGAUUUUUGUUCGAGCAAUUCAAGCACUUCUUCCUCUUAUACUGCCCACGGCCAGCCAGAGGAGGGUCAUGGUGGAGUAAGCCGUGCUGCAGGACUCACUGAUAGCACAAGUGACCUCCUACAAAAUACUCUCUCUCUCUCUCUCUCUCUCUCUCUGUCACUCUCUCCUCUCCUGGUUCUGUAGUGGUUAUUGUGCAGUUGUUGCUUCUAGAGCCAGGCUUUACCUUUUUUUUUGUUCUCCCAUGUGUCCCAAAAACAAGGUUUUUGCAAAGGCUGGAAGACUUAGAUCACUACAUGACAUGAUAAUUCUUCGGCAUGCUGAAGAAUAAAAAAACAAACAAAAAAGAAACAUGGUUGUUCUGUCAUGUGCUGCAAGGCUGAUAGCUGAAGGAUUUUUUUCUCUCCAUUUUUUGGGGAAAUUAAUUCAUUUUGUUUGUUCUGCUUUAAAAAAGUGAAAUAAAACAUGUGUCUCUUUGCCAA